AUGACAAUGAACCUGCAACCACCAGUAGACUGCAGCAUGUUAAGAGUGGCCAGACAGAGCACUAUGCAGAAGCCAAAGAAGAAUAAGGAACGAAAACAGAACUGGUCUUUCCCAUUGUCAUGGUGUUCUCCAGUUUUCCCGUUGUCAUGGUGUUCUCCAGCUUUCCCAUUGUCAUGGUGUUCUCCAGUUUUCCCGUUGUCAUGGUGUUCUCCAGAUUUCCCGUUGUCAUGGUGUUCUCCAGUUUUCCCAUUGUCAUGGUGUUCUCCAGUUUUCCUGUUGUCAUGGUAUUCUCCAGUUUUCCUGUUGUCAUGGUGUUCUCCAGUUUUCCCGUUGUCAUGGUGUUCUCCAGUUUUCCUGUUGUCAUGGUAUUCUCCAGUUUUCCCAUUGUCAUGGUGUUCUCCAGUUUUCCUGUUGUCAUGGUGUUCUCCAGUUUUCCCGUUGUCAUGGUGUUCUCCAGUUUUCCUGUUGUCAUGGUGUUCUCCAGUUUUCCUGUUGUCAUGGUAUUCUCCAGUUUUCCCAUUGUCAUGGUAUUCUCCAGUUUUCCUGUUGUCAUGGUGUUCUCCAGCUUUCCCGUUGUCAUGGUGUUCUCCAGUUUUCCUGUUGUCAUGGUGUUCUCCAGUUUUUCUGUUGUCAUGGUGCUCUCCAGAUUUCCCAUUGUCAUGGUGUUCUCCAGUUUUCCCAUUGUCAUGGUAUUCUCCAGUUUUCCCAUUGUCAUGGUGUUCUCCAGUUUUCCCAUUGUCAUGGUAUUCUCCAGUUUUCCUGUUGUCAUGGUAUUCUCCAGUUUUCCCAUUGUCAUGGUGUUCUCCAGCUUUCCCGUUGUCAUGGUGUUCUCCAGUUUUCCCCUUCUCAUGA